AAAAAGCAUAAUUAACUGCUUGAGAUAGAACAGAUAGGUAAAUUAGUUAAAUGAUGCUGUUCGUCGCCAUUUUACUUCUGGAGUCUCCUUUCCUUCAAACAGACCGGAGCAGUCAUCACCUGCCCAAGUCUUUAGAACCCGGACACGCAAGCUCCUUGUCCUACCCGAAUCAUACCUGACAUACCACGAAAUCAAAACCCCUCUUCGCAGCCAAUAUGGUCACCUUCGCGAGCGGUUCCUUAACCAAGCUGUCUUCCAAGGAUCAGCUCGAGCUUCUGGACUCGAUCGACCAGCUACGCCUCCAGGGCAUCAACCACUACAUCUCGCUGCCCCAGAUCAUCGUGUGUGGCGAUCAGUCCUCAGGCAAGAGCUCCGUCCUCGAAGCCAUCUCGGGCAUCCCUUUCCCCGUCAAGAGUAACCUGUGCACCCGCUUCCCGACCGAGCUGGUGCUGCGCAAGGCCCCCUACGACAGCGUCUGUGUUUCCAUCGUUCCCCAUGAGUCGCGCACCGAGGCCGAGCGGAAGGCUCUCAUGGACUUUAGGGAGGAGCUGGACGAGUUUGACGCCCUUCCCGAACUUGUCGACCGGGCCAAGACCGAGAUGGGCAUCACGACGCACGGCCGGGCUUUCUCCAGGGACAUCCUCCGCAUCGAAGUGACGGGCCCGAACAGCCCUCAACUCACCCUCGUCGACCUGCCCGGGCUCAUCCACUCCGAGACCAAGAACCAGACCACCUCGGACAUCCAGCUCAUAAAGGACAUCGUCCAGUCCUACAUGCGGGAGCCGCGCUGCAUCAUCCUGGCCGUGGUGUCAGCCAAGAACGACAUCGCAAACCAGGUCGUCCUGGGCCUAGCUCGUACCGCGGACCCCAAGGGAACCCGGACGCUAGGCGUCAUUACCAAGCCCGAUACCCUGGUUCCGGGUGGAGGGAGCGAAGCUAUGUAUGUCUCCCUGGCCAGGAACCAGGAGAUCGAGUUUCGCCACGGCUGGCAUGUGCUCAAGAACAUGGACUCCGAGAAGGGCCCGUCGACCCUCGUGAUCAGAGACAUCGAAGAAGCCGAGUUCUUCCGCUCGGGCGCCUGGGCCACCCUCCCGCAUUCUUGUCUGGGCAUCGAUAACUUGCGCACGCGGCUCAGCCGGGUCCUCCUGCAGCAGAUAUCCACCGAGCUCCCCGGCCUGAUCGAGGAGAUCGACCAGAAGUUCAGUUGCUGCAAAGACCAGCUUGACCGGCUCGGGCGCCCGCGAGCCAGCCGCACCGAGCAGCGACUGUACCUGAUCCGUCUAAGCCAAUCGUUCCAGGACCUCGUGAAGGCCUCGACGGGCGGCAACUACGACAGGCCCUUCUUCACCCAUGCCGAAGACAAGUUGGGCUACGAGCAGCGCAUCCGAGCCGUGGUCCGGAACCUCAACGAGGAAUUCGCGUCCGAGAUGCGGCUCCGGGGUCACUAUCGCCAAGUCGUCGAUGGAUGCAAGGACUCUUAUCCCGCACCCGGAGGCGUGAUCUCGAUCUCGCGGGACGAAUUUGUCGACCAUAUCGACAAGCUAAUGCGCAGGACCCGCGGCCGCGAGCUGCCAGGGACCUUUCACCCUAUGAUCGUCGUCGAUCUCUUCCGCGAACAGUCACGCCCCUGGGAGGCCAUCGUGCGGCACCACGUGGAGAAGGUAUGGGAGGCCGCAUCCCGCUUCGUUAGCCUCGUUGCCACCCACACGGCCGACCAGUCCACCGCCAAAGCACUCCGUCGCUUCGUCAUCGACCCGGCCAUGGGCAAGAUCAUGGACGAGAUGCGGGCCAAAACGACCGAGCUGCUCAACCAGCACAAGAGCGGCCACCCCAUCACCUACAAUGACGAGUUCACCGAGGCCCUCCAAAAGGUCCGCGAUGUCAGACGAAACAGGAAUGAUCCGGCCGAGAUCCUGCGUCAGUUCUUCAACCUCUCCUCCCUCGGCUCGGGCGAUUAUCUGUCUAGUUACUACGACCUCAAGUCCCUGGCUAAAUCCCUGGCCGAAUUUCGCGAGCCGGACCCGAGGCGCUUCGCCGCCAACGAGGCCCUCGACUGUCUGAAUGCCUACUACCAGGUGUGUUUGGCUGGGCCACCGUUCCCCUCCCCCGGGGGGCAGCAGAGUCUCCCAAAUUCAGGUUCCCAACUGGUGUGCUGUUAGCCCGCUAACACGGAAACACCGAACUCUUUCUCGCACAGGUUGCCAUGAGGCGGUUCAUCGACGACGUCGCGGUCGAGGUGGUCGAAGAGAAGCUGAUGUCUGCGCUGGAGGACAUCUUGUCCCCCGUCUCCGUUUCCGAGAUGUCCGCCGACGACGUCGCCCGCAUCGCCGGAGAGUCCGAGGAGACGCGUGCCGAGCGCGACCGGCUCAACAAGCAGCUCGAGGUUCUCCAAAACGGCUGGGAUACUUGCAGGCGCUUCGUGGACGUGAGGUUCAGCGGCGAUUCCGUCUUUGCUGCUGUUGACAGUUCAGGAAGGCUGAGUCUCGUCGAAG